CCUCUCACAUCUGACCGGAGAAAGUGUUUAAAGCUGCUGCGGCCUCAGGAAGGAUGCUGUAGCGGAAGGGCAACACAAUCUGCCAGGCGACUACAAUAAGUGGAAGAACCGAUAGUCAGGAUGACGGCGAUCGAGAGCAAGGAGGAGAUCAGCGACACAGACAGCGGGAUUAUCUUGCACUCUGGCCCAGACAGCCCCACCUCUCCCGUGAAGGACCUGACCACUCACACCAGAGCCCUGAAACUCAAGCAUCAAUCUCUGGAGGAGCGCCUGGAGCUCUGCCUGCUGGAGCUCCGGAAACUCUGCAUCAGGGAGGCGGAACUGACAGGCUCAAUCCCCUCUGACUUCCCUCUGACACCUGAUGAGAAGCCGCCUCGGGUUAGAAGGAGGAUCGGAGCUUCUUUCAAGCUGGAUGAAGGUCUGAUCCGUCUGGACCAGCAGGACUCAGAGUUACAAGCUCUGGAAACCGAUUUGGCGGUCCAGCGUCAGAUUUACGAGGCGGCCCGAAAGCUCUCCCUCGAGGAGAACCUCAGCAAACCACAGAAGAAGAGCCGACUGCAGCAGUGCAAACGGGAGGAGAGGAAAGUGAAGGACCUGCAGGAGGCCGUCUUCCAGCACAGGACCAAGAGCCAGUGCAAUUCACCGAGCAUGUCCAGCUCCAGCAGCCCGAGUAAAGAUACGUCUGACGACAGCUCGCUUUCUGAUGUGGUGGCUCUGGAUGAUGAUGUAGAUUCGUCUUGCCCACUCUCACCUCCAGUGUUGGACACUUGUGAUUCAGAGCCUCUGCAGUCGCCCCAUCAGUCUUCAGGCCAGGCCACUGUGGCCUAUGAACGCUCUCCGAUCCAGAACUCUCCGUGGAAAGAGUCCAGCCUGGAUCAGCCUUACCAGAGAGCCACCAAACCUCAGUCAGCGAGCCGUAGCAGGUCCAGUAGCCCCGCAGGAGCUCCGGCGUCUGCAGAAAGCUGCAGGAUUCCUCUCACUCAGUUCGUCAGGAACUCUGCUUUGCGUAACAAUCACUCCACCAGCGCCCCCUCCACCCCGGAGCUGCUCGUACGCCGACAGUACUCCCAGUCCUUCAGACUUCCCAAAAAGAAGCUGUCUGUGGAGAUGGAGCGGCUCGGCUCGGAGAGCUGCCGUGGUCGAGCCAGGCUGCCUCAGCAGCAGAGCGUGCCAGAAAUCACGGUGCGCUCCCCGGAGUUCUCCCCUCCGCGUCCUUACCCGCCCGGCUCGGAGGACAGCAGCUCGGAGCACUCCUCCUCCUCCUACAUCCGCUCCCCUGGGAGGGACAGGCCCACAGAGAUCCCCAAGCUCUGUCCCCCGCCUUACGGAUUCCACUUCGGGGCACAGAAAAAGGAGCUCUCCUGUCUCCGCGGCCUCCACAAGAGCACCGGCCAGCCUCAGUCCAGCCCCGGGCGCGUCAGACCCGCGGCGGAGAACGGACCUCUGUCGCCUCAAGACACGGAGAAAGGAAGGAGCUUCCCCGCUGCGUCUCCUGGGGCUUGCAAUCUGCAGAGAGGAAGUCCCUGCCAGAGGAGCAUGCUGAAGCCCCCUCCUCCCUACACCAGGCUGGUCCGAACCCCUUCGCUGAAAGACUACCCCAACCACGCCGUCAGGCUGAUGCCUCGGGAGCUCGUGUCAGAGGAGCUGAAGUCCUGGCAUCAGAGGAAUCAGCUGCAAAAGUUCUGGCCGAGCUGCGCAGAACAUCAGAGCGUCAUGAGCCCCACUUCACCUCACCUGCCCCCCUUCGAACAGGGUUCGGGCAACCUGGUCCUCCAGAGAGCUGCAGACGGGACUCCGGUCCAGUGGUUCGUGGCCGAGGACGCUGAAAUCGUGAGCCAGGUGUAACCUGCACCUGUCCGGCUCCUCAAGUCAUUCCAGUUUAUUUAUCUCUGUAUUUAUUGAGACUUUAGACUCUCUGUGAGAUUGUUUGUUGACACGAUGCAGAAAAUUUUGGACCUGUUGGUACCAGUACGGUACUUAUUUAUGACUUAAUGUAAGGUGAAAUGCCAGUUUUAUUUAUUUUAGGUUCUGUCAUAUUAGACUGUAGCUGAAGCGAGGCUCAUGCAAUCUCAUAAAUGUGUUAAAUGGACCAGAGUUGUUUUUGUUUCCUGUGGCUGGCACACAUUUUUUUUUAGACACAACAGUCACAUCCUGUAGCUGUCAUAUAGGUCUCCACAUUCUUAAUAUAAUUUUUAAAUAUAUUUAUUGAAAGUUUUUUUUCCUCUUGCGACAUAGGUUUAUCACAAAAAUUUGAUACAUUAUCUGAAUUUUUGUCAUUUUUAUGAAGCCCUGACCCCUUCCACAGUGGUCUGAUGAAUGUUUUAACUGCAGGAUGCUGUGCUCUUACUAACCGCAUGAUUGUAUGAGUGUUGAGAUAUUUUCCUUUUGUAUAUUUAUAAUAAAGAACACGACCAAGA